AUGGCCACCCCCUUCGAGCAAGUCUUUCUCUGGGGGGAAGUCGAACCAGAUCCACCUUUCCCAGAAGCUCUGAUGAACAUCAUUGCCUACGCCGACCUGACAGCAGGCUCUGCCAUCAUUCUUGCGACCCUCAUACUCCUCACUUUGGUGUUGGCAUCUUGGGAAACCAUCUCUUUCUGCAUCUGUGCUGGCUCGAACAAAUUCAUCGCCUCUCCCAUCAAGACCGCAAUGUCUCUGCUGGGUUGCUACGCGCUGGAAUCAAUUCGCCUUUUGUUGUCUCGUGAUGACGCGCUGGAAAUUCUCAGAGAGCGUUUCACCAAAUGGAUAAUGGAUAGCAGACCAUACCAUGUAACCUCUGCGAUUGUCGAAUGGUACUUCCCCUUUAACCGCCCUAUCAUAGCGUCCUGUCGUUUGUUUGCGACGUGGGUUUGUGGGUUGACAAUGUAUAUAAGUGUGCUGGUCCCAGCCGCUCGCUAUCUCUCUGGAGUGGUUGACGGUUGGAGUUCCGAUAUACACUCGUUUCACUGCCCUAGUGCAAUGUCGCGGUACUACCUCGAAGGUCGGCUUUUCCGGCGUGCCCUGUAUGAUGGCUACUACUGCCUUGGAGAGAAAACCGGUCUCAAUUUACGCGAAAACCUUAUUGCGAGCGACUGGCAGUUACUGAGCCGUUUGCUCAAUGACGACAGCGAGAUUGACCAUUACCACGCCAUCAUCGUCGCGGCUUCCGUGAUCUCGCUUGUCAUCAUGGCCACAGUGGCAUACACCAUCCAUCCAGAGACAACUGCGUUCAAGCGCGCCAUGGCCGUCCUCUUGCGACAAGAUCCGCAAUCUGACGGACCCCGGCCGCUCACGCAGACGGAAAGUGACCUCUGGGACAUGAUCAACGGAUACGAAGGUGAUCUGGCCACAAAGAAGGCCCAGCUUGCGAAGAAAAACAAGCUGCUGGCUGCAAAAACCGCCGAACUCCACGCCUCGAAGCAACGCCAGGAAGAGGGCUGGGCUCUUGUUGAAAAGUUGACCGCCCGUCGCAACGAAGCCGUCGACGCGCAGCAGCGCGAGCUAUCCAGUAACUGCCGUCUGCGUCAGCAGAUUCUCAAGAUCGGUGGCCAGCUCAAGGUCGCUGAGGGGUGCCUACAGGGCAACCGCCAGGAACUUGCCAAAAAACGCCAGCAAGUCAUUGACGAAUGGAAGCAACUGGCCGAGGAACGUCAACAGCUUGCGUCUAAGCGUCAGAAGCCCUCGGAAGACCAGCGUCUUGUUGAAGAUCGCCACCGCGUUCUCAAAGCACAUCGACGUCUUGAAAGCGUGCGCGAACAACUGGCCGAUGAGCGCCAACAACUUGAUGAAGAGCGCCAGAGACUUGUCGACGGACAGAAGCAACUGAUCCAGGAACGUAAAAAGCUCACGUCUCCACGCCAGAAGACCUCUGGCCAACAGCGUCUUGUCAAAGAACGUCAGAUUCUCGAUGACAUGCGCCAGCGACUGGACGCUCAGUGUCAGAAACUCACCGAAGAGCGUCAGCAGUCCGCUGAAGAGCACCGACGACUGAUCGACGAACACCAAAACAUCGCCAUCCAACACCAGGAGCUCCUCGACCGCCAACAUCAUCUUUCGAACAACAACCAAGAACUUGCCGUCCGCUGUAACGAGCUGGCUAUCGCUUUGGGGACAGCCCUCCAGGAGCGGGACGCCGCCAUGCUGCAGGUGGACGCCGCAAUGGACCAAGUGUUGGGCCAAGAGGAUCAACAACUUGCUGUCCGUUGUAAUGAGCUGUCCGCUUCCUUGGAGGAAGUCCGCCAGGAACGAGACGCCGCACUGGACUCAGUAAUGAACCAGCAGCACGAGAUUGCUUCGAUCAACUUGUCGGCGAAUAUGUCGCGUGCGGAAGCCGAAAUAUACUACACCCAGUCGGAAGAAAACCAAGCUCGUCUCCACCAGUCAAUGUCUGACCUCAAGAGUGCCUGCGAUUUGGCUGUCGAGCAGGAACGCUCCGCUACCGAGGAAGCUCGUAAUAUAGCCUGCGGUCUCGAAAUGGAACUCAAGGACUGCAACAACAAGGUCGGUAUUACCCUGAGAGACGCCAAGAGACACUAUGACCAGACGCUUGCGAAUCAGAGAACGAUCAAAAUCUUGGAACAUCGCUUGGCCAGGUACAAAGUGUUCGAGACCGGCAGUACGCAGGAGAUUCCCAAGCGCCAGAUUGGUAACCCUGGUUCGAUGUCCACCGCUCUGGCUGAGAAGGACGUUAUCGUCGCAAACCAGCAUGCCCAGAUCAACGACCUGACGCGCCAACUCGAACAAGCUAACCAGGGUACGCCUCGUCCCGCCGUGCCUGAUGAAUCGAUUCAGGAGAACUUCAAAAAACUUCGUGCAGCCCUGGACAAGGAACGGAGGAAAAGAACUGAGGAUAAAAUCCGAUGGAGCUCGAAGACCCGCGAGCUGGAGGAAGCCAACCAGAAACUCCGUAUCUCUAUGUCGAACGCGGAAUCCAAAUCUCGUCGUCCGGGCGGUCGAGGUCGGCCUACCGUUCCUUGA